AUGAUGAUUGCUGUUCUCCCCGUCGGACCCUUGUUUGGGCAUGUUACACCCGAAGCCAAAAGGACUAGGCGAUCCUUCCCAGUGUUAGCCAGAACAGAAUCUGAGCCUGUUUCUGCAGCUCUGGUGGCCCUGAUCAUCCUCGCCGCUUUCAUGGUUUUCGGCCUUUUUGUCGGUCUCUUCCGGAUAGGUCGACGUCACAAGCGCACCCGCGACAGCCAUAACGCUGGCCCUGAGAAACUAGAAAGGGGCCUUGGGACUCGUGCUACGAUUCCGACCCCAGUUGAAAACCUGAGAUCCAGGACUGGUCCCCCCCUUCUAGAGGGUCCUCACGCACCAGGUCAUAUGAAUGGAUACCCCCCUAUGCAAGUGAACCCGGAACACUUUCCCCGACCCCCGCCAGAAGUCACCGAUCAUGCCGUGAUAUCCUCUCAUUCCCCGUUUCCACGGUCUCACAUACAAAACCUUGAUCUAGACGUGGUGACAAUCGGCAACGAGUCAAUAGAUGACAGUGCAUCGCAGUCGCUCGCAUCAGCCGUAACGUCUUCUGUUUCGUCAAUCAUUGAAAAAUAUAGGCACAUGCCCGAGGACAGCGUCUACGACUCCGAAGAUAGCGCUAGAACAGCCCGGCCGCGGCGAAAACAGGUUAAUGCAAGAAAUUACCACAGGAGCCCCAAUACAGGGGAUAGUCCAUACACGAUGUUUAAUUAUACCUGGGACGAUACUCCAGGGCAGAGACACACAGAAUCACCGGCACCAGGGAAUCGGUUACAUUCGCCAGUAAGGCUGAAUUUAGCCCGACCUAUGUCACCCCAGACUCGCCAUCAAGAGAGACUAGGUUCUCAUGAAACGUUGCCGAACUUCACAGCGAAUAGAAAUGAGCCCGAUGAACACCUGGGCAUUGAUUCCACGAACCAUACUCACCAUACUCACCAAACUUCAUUACCAGCGUCAUGCGCGCUUCACAAAGGAAAAUUCCCUAUGCGCCAAGAUUCGAUGCAGGUCCCUCCGCUAUCAAUUCGCAAAAUGCCCUCGGCACCUAUGGCGACUACGGAAGACACUCCACGGGUUUUGAGCUCUAGUUCUAACGGUAGGGGACGACCUGAAAGGACCGGGGGAUACGGAGGAUUCUUGCAAAUUGGGCCUCAGACUAGGGGGAGACCAGCAGAACGAGGCAAUGUCGCAUAUUUCAAUAUAUCAAAUUCGUCAAAUACUGACAGGCCCGGCAGUUCUAAGAAUCGGGAGCAUAUAUUAUCAAAUCAGGACUUUCCCCGGAGAUCCCCGUAUACAGGACAAGAAAUCAGCCUCCAAAAAGCCGCUAUUCUGGAAUAUUUGCAAGUCAAAAACACCCCUUCCGAGGGCAAUGUCGACGAAAAAACGAUUCGCUUCCCGUUACAGGCAACCUCUACGAUAAGCGAUCAGAGCCCAGGAUCAUCAAAUCCCUUGUCACCUGCAGUCACUCCCAACGAACAAAUCGAAUUCAGGGAUUCUACCAAUGGCUCCUAUCCGUUUAUACAUAAGCAAGCGAGAGAAGUUCUGGAAUCUGUCCAUCUGGGCCUUGCACCGCCCCGUGAAAGCGCGAAUUUUGAAUGGGAGGAGAAACGGAGACCUCCAGCUUCCGAUAUCGAACCCACCCAAGAUGUACAAGCAGCAAGCUCGAGCCAAGGCCGGAGUGGUAAUGACUUGUCGCCGGAUAGUAGUGAUGUUCUUGAGGGCUCAUUGUCGAGCUCAUCAGGUACAAGCGCUGCGGGGAAUCGAGGGGAUAGCAGGAGAAAAAAAAAACGACAGAGUCGGUUGCAUAAUCUAGUGAGGAAAUUUCUUUAUUGA